AUGAGUGCUGAAAACCCUAAGGUUCGUGCAGAAUGGUAUUCACUUGCCAAGAGAGUCAAAGUUUUGGAUUCAGAGAUGAGUUACUAUGAUUCUGAUCCCGAAGCUAAACUUGAUGGAAAGUUUGCCGUUGUGUUUGUCCACGGUAAUCCAACGUCAUCGUACCUCUGGCGUAACGUCAUACCGCACGCAGAGUCAAAAUACCGAUGCUUUGCCCCCGAUUUAAUUGGCAUGGGAAUGUCAAGUAAACUACCUGAAGGCAGUCAAUAUAAAUUCACAGAUGUGUUCCGCUACCUCUCUGAGUGGUUCACGGCAGCUGGUGUGCCAGAAAAGGUUGUGCUGGUGUGUCAUGACUGGGGUUCGGCUUUGAGCUUCAACUGGGCUUUCCAAAACCAGACAAGAGUGGCGGGAAUCGUACAUAUGGAAAGCCUCGUACACCCGAUUCCAAGCUGGGAAUAUUGGAAGCAGAAUUUUAAAGAGCCAACAAUUAAAAACGUACCUGAAUCAACUACUAGCGUCGUGGAUAUAUUCAAGUCAUUCCACACUCCCGCUGGAGAAACAUCCAUUUUGAAAGACAACAUUUUCAUCGAGAAACUUUUAAAGCAAGGCAUAAUUCGGAAUAUGUCCGACGAAGAGAUGGCGAUUUACCGCCAGCCGUACUUGGAACCUGGUGAGUCUCGCCGGCCUCUUCUCACCCUUGCGCGCUCCCUUCCGAUUGAAUCAGAGGGCGGGGAAGUCGUUGAGAUUGUGAAGGCAUAUGGCAAGUGGUUGUCACAGAGUUCUGAGGUACCCAAGCUGUAUCUGGAUGCGGAACCAGGCUUUUUCUCUCCAGCCAUCAAAUUUUUAACUAAAGACUGGCCUAACCAUCGAGUCGGUAAUUGUACUGGUCUACAUUUUGUGCAAGAAGACUCGCCAGAUCUUAUUGGAAAACAGGUUGUGGAUUUUUUGGAUGGACUGUAA